GGCUGUGCAUUCUUUAGCCGGGGACUAAUUUCCAGUCCUCCACUUGGGUCUGGGUAAACAGCACCGCCCCGAUGGUUGGUUGUUUGUCUUAAGCGUGGGGCGAUCCAUCGCACAGCGCCGGGCUCGAUUGACACUGUCUGCUGAUCUGCUACUGCGGAUUGCUCAGAAUAACAAGGCUGCUCGCUAAUUCCCGUCUACCGGGGCUUUCGGCGAAACACCGAGAGAGUAGGGUCCGAAAAAAAAACCCAACAAGGCAGGCAAGAACGCCGCGCCGCCGUCGUACGCACCCCGGAAUGGCUUCGGGAGAUCUUUACGAGGUGGAGCGGAUUGUGGACAAGAGGCGAAACAAGAAGGGUAAGUGGGAGUACCUGAUCAGAUGGAAAGGCUAUGGAAGUAAAGAGGACACCUGGGAACCAGAGCAUCACCUGCUGCACUGUGAGGAAUUUAUCGACCAGUUCAACAGCUCAAAGCGGCAUUUGCACAAACGACCUAAGGUCCCAAAAAUUCCCGGGGAGCCCCUCUCAACCAGCCAACAUACGGCAACGGAAAUUUCCAGAGCCCGGUCAGAGGUCCGAAAGAAGAAAAGGACUAGUGGUCCAGCUGUGGGGAUGAGAGUUGGAUCCGUUUUAGGGAUUGGAAGUAGUGGAUUGGGGCCAACUAAGAAACAGAAGAAAGUAGUUGCUGGAGCUGGGAAGCAUACUUUAGGGGAGAGAAUGAGCAAAACCAUGACAUACAAGGCUCAUCCAUCAAGUGGAACUCACUGUGUUGCCCCGUUGAGGGUUCCUCAUAAUGGACUUCAGAAUGGAGAGAUGGAGCCUCUUAUGUAUAGUACAUCAGCAAGGUCACAUAGACUGCCUUCAGAUAGGAUGGAUACAGAACUAGGACAAAAAGAUACCGCUGGACCGCAGUUCACAACUGAACUAGGUAAGAUCUUAAUAGAGCUGAAUGAUGUGAUCAUGAAGGAAGUCUGUCGAGCUUUGGGGAAUGCAGCUGCUGACGAUAGUAAGCUGUUACUCCUCAGCUCUGUGGGGACAGUUUUCUGCAGUGGCCUGGAGCCCUCCUACCUCAUAGGACGCUUGUCCACCGACCGAAGAAAAGAGAGCAGCCGAAUUGCAGAAGCUGUACGGGACUUUGUUUUGGCGUUUAUCCACUUCAAGAAGCCUAUUGUGGUGGCAAUAAAUGGGCCAGCUUUGGGUUUGGGGGCAUCCAUCCUGCCUCUGUGCGACGUUGUGUGGGCUAGCGAGAGGGCGUGGUUCCAAACGCCAUGUGCAGCCCUUCACCUCACCCCUUCUGGAUGCUCCUCUUACACCUUCCCCCAGAUUCUGGGUGUAGCUUUGGCCAAUGAGAUGCUGUUCUGUGGAAGGAAACUGACAGCACAAGAAGCGUGUAGUCGAGGUCUGGUAUCACAGGUCUUCUGGCCAACCACGUUUAACCAAGAGGUGAUGCUGCGCGUAAAGGAAAUGGCAUCAUGCAAUGCAGUGGUUUUAGAAGAGUCUAAAUGCUUGGUGAGGAGCAUCGUCAUCCCGGUGCUAGAAGAAGUGAACGAGAAAGAGUGUCAGAUGCUAAAACAGCUGUGGUGUUCAACCAAAGGACUGGAGGCGCUCUUCAGUUACGUGCACAGUAAGGCCAGUGAAAAGUAACCAUCCCGAGUCAGAAGGGGGAGUCCGGUCUGCGCGGGUCCAAGCCUGCCUGGGCCGGGGCAUCCAAGAUGAGACUCCUUUAAUUUCCAGCUUUACCGAGGGUCUAUGGUGCCAUCCAGCAGUGAAGAGUUUCUGGACUUUCGUCUACUUGAGUCUCUAAAAGCAAAAUAAAUGCCCUCAUUGUAAUUUUUUGUAUCGGAGCUUUUUAUUGAACCCACUGUGUCAUAAUGUCCACAUUCUUUAUGUAGUCGAAGCAGGAGGAGCCAGUUGUACGUCAUUUAAAACCAGAGGGACUGUCAUCCAGAUAUCUCACUGCACAUGAUAAAGGAAUCAUAUAUAUAUUGAUAAUAGAUCCAUAUAUUUAUUUCAGAUUUAGAAAAUAGUUUUUUUCUGUAUAUGAGAUGCAUCUUUCAGGGUUUUCUUACACUCUUGUUUUGGAGUUGAAGGGUGAACUACAUUUUGGAUGAGUAGUCUGUUGUUUGGUUCUUCGAAUGACCUUUCACUUUCACUUCCAUGAACUGAAAUCUGAAAACAACCCACAGCUGCUAGUAAAUCAGUCCGAGUGAUUGUUCAAGGCUAGAGGCCAAGAUGUGCCACAGUUUAAUUAAAAAAGUAAUAAACAGGGACCUAAAUGUGUCAGUAUGUAAAAUGUCAACAACCGCAGCUUAACCCCGAUACAUUCAUACCCUUGAGAGAUUUAGAUUUGAAAACAGUACAACAGAUUUUUCAAAAAAAAAAUUUUAUGAAGAAAAAAAAAAAAUCAUUCAACCACUACAUUCUUACCUGAUUGGUAGACAGACUGCCUUCUCACAAAACAAGAUACAACAAUGUUUUUCGCAGCAUAGAAAUAUCUUUUAUUGUCCUUAUUCGGGGAAAUUCAGGUGUUCCAACAGCAAAAAGAAAGGCAAAAUGGAAACAUGAAGAUUUACAAAAAUGAUUCAUUUACAUUUGAGCAAAAAACAAAAACAAAAUAACAAUACUCAAAUGUACUUUGACCAUUUUCAAUCAUCCAUCCGUUUUCUACAGGCACUUUUCCUUGCAGAGUCACGGGGGGUCAUUGGGCAAGAGGCAGGGCAGACCAUGGACAGGUCGUCAGUCCAUCACAGGACAACACAGAGACACAGCAAGGACAACCAUACAUGCACGCUCACACCUAAGUACAAUUUAGAGAGCACAAUUAACCUCACAGUCAUGUUUUGGACUGUGGGAGGAAGCCGGAGUACCCGGGGAGAACCCACUCAAGCACAGGGAGAACAUGAAAACCCAAUGCAAAAAGACCGAACCCAGAACCAAGCCUGAUGUUGGAAGGGCUCAUUCCCAUCACCCUAAAACUUAGGUCCCUCCGCAGAUUCUCCCACAGAGUACUUCCCCUCAGAAGAAGCUUGUUAGUCAAAUUAAAAGAUUACUUCAAAUCUAAUUCUGUCAGAGGUAUGAAAUACUUUGGGCUUAACUGUGCACAGAAAUCUUCAGUCAACAUUUGUCUUCUUUUUACUAAGAACAGGACAGCCAAGGGUACAGUUUCCCUUUAGUUUACAUGAACACGAGAGGAGUAUCAGGGUAUUUUUAUUAGAAUUGCUUGAAAUAACAUCAAAUUUUACCAAAAUGUUCUGAAUCUGAAAAAGUAGCCAUAAAGGACAUUGAUUUCUGGCAGAAUAUAGCCAACUGUCUUAUAGCUGAACUUACAAGAUGUUGCUCCAAUGGUUUAUUCCUGUAGUAUUGCAGUGAUCAGCUAAGAUAAUUGUAGUGUGACAUGUGUGGGUUUUUUGGAAGAUGUAAAUAGGAGGGGUUAUAAUUUUUAAUUGUCUGAGACUCAAUUGUAAAUUUUCAAUUUACAAUUGUAGAUUUUGGUGUGAACGUAAAGAGAAAAGAAAAACCCUUCCUCUUAAAAUGUCAGUCAAAAAUGUCUAAAAUUAACAGUUGUCUCUUGAGCCAGCCUGGUCCUGAUCUGCAUGUAACAAUUGAGGAUUUUGUUGAACAUGAUAUUUUGCAAAACAUAUUGUAUUAAUUGAUCUAUUUUGUUUUACCAAAGUGCAUAUGUACGUAGGUCUGUGUGAGCCGUUUCGUAAGAGAUGUCAAUAAUUUUACAGUGAAGAGCUAUUUGCAUGUAAUAUAUUGUAUCGUACUUUAGGGUAUGUUUUGUAGCCUUGUAAUUAUUUUUGUAUUUAUUUUAGAUAACAGUUUAAGGUGGUGAAGUGACAUGUGGCGUCCCUUUGCUUUUUGUAGCACUGCAACACUUUUCAUCAGCCUUAAUCUAAAUUAUAACCCGCAAAAGGUUACCCUUAGGUAAAUUCUGAAUAAAUCAGAGCUGAAAAACCUUUUGUGUUAUCUAAUUAUUUUAUUGUAAAUAAACGGAGGCCUGUGAAAUAAUUACCAUAUUUUGGGUUUUGCUGGGGUUCAUGGAGGAGAACGGGCAGAUAAAAUCAAAUUUGUUUCAUUUUAAAUAUAAAACUGUUAUUUAUUGACUUUAGGCUGAUAUAAUUUGGGGUUAUGGAUUAAAAGGAAUGAUAAAAGAUUCCAUAAAGCUGUUUUAUGCUGUUUGUGUGUUUUUUUUUUUUCAAAUGGAACAAAAAACAAAAUUACCAAAUGAUAUGUGCAAAAAUUGUAUUGAACCCAAGUGAAUAUUUAUUGCAGAGAGAUUUUCCCAGAUUUAGUUUCAACAAGUAACUCCUGAGAGCUUUUAAUUUUAUUUGAUAAUUUUAUUGUCAGUUAGUGUUUCUGCGUUCACUGUGACGGUAGAAUA